GCACAGUGCCCCAGUAUGCCCACACCCACAGUACCCACACGGUGCGCAGCACCGCAUGGUCUCACAGUCUCACCCUUCAAUUGAACCUAGCGAUGCUAAUUGCAUCUAACGUCUUUAUCAAUAUAAUGAGCACAUGGAAGUUGAUACAGCGACGGUGUUACGACUUGCUCUCGUAUAAGUACUCAUUGCUCGUGAUAUUGGUGGCGUUUACUUGCAUAUUCAUCGGCAUAGUACACUUUGGAGAGGUAUGGUUGAUAUGGAGCAAGGAAAAAUAUGAAGCGGUCUUUCACUCCUUCAACGACAAUAUCCUGGGAAAAUCUUUCCAAAACAAAUUGUGCCAGCACGUCCCCAUAGACGUGGUUUACACCUGGGUGAACGGAUCUGAUUCGCUAUUUUUAGAAAGUCUUCAGAAACAUGUGCCAGUUGUGGAUCUCAGUGCCGCAGCUUCGAGAUUCAGUGACAAAGACGAGCUGCGCUAUUCGUUGCGAUCAUUGGAGAUGUAUGCACCCUGGGUGAGGCACGUUUACAUCGUUACCAACGGCCAAAUACCGAGCUGGCUCGAUAUGGACAAUCCUCGGGUGACUUUGGUCACUCACGAAGACAUUUUUCUGAAUAAAAGUGAUUUACCAACCUUUUCUAGUCCUGCUAUUGAAAGUCAUAUUCAUAGAAUACCUGGAGUCUCCGAUAAGUUCUUGUAUUUUAACGACGACGUAAUGUUAGGUGCCGAAAUAUGGCCGGAGGACUUUAUAACUCAAGCGGGCGGACAAAAGGUAUAUCUGGCGUGGUGGGUUCCCGAUUGCUCCGAGAUCUGUCCGUGGGCAUGGGUCGGCGAUGGAUCGUGCGAUCACGCUUGUAAUACGACGUUGUGCGAAUUUGACGGUGGAGAUUGCCAAGCGACUGAUGUCCCUAUAGAUAGUGAGAUGAUGGAAGAGGAAGAUGACUAUCCGUACAAGUAUCUACAAGAUUCUCGUGAAAAUAAUAACGAGCUGAGACUGUUAAGCAUCUUACGCAAUAGAAACGUCAUCCGUUCAUUGCCAGAAGACAUGCUAAUGUCCACAGUUCAAACAUUACAUUUGUAUAAUUUCAGUACUACUUCUACGUCAAUCAAAACGUUUCACAAUCUCGGAAAUAGCAGUUCUAAGGAAUUACAAGCGCGAAGCAUAAAAAUUAACGAUGGAGAAAAGUAUAAAUCUAUAAGAAAUUUGAAGACAAUAUAUUCCAAACUUUUACACGUAAAUGCCUCGAGCAAAACUGCAUAUCGUAUCAAACGAUUAAAACGUUAUCGCAAUAUCAUGAAUGCGGCGCAGUCCAACAAUUCUGUUAAGUUCGAUAAAUUCGCGUAUCCGAAUCAGUGGAAACGCAAUGCACGAGGAUUGGACACUUACGCGGAGUCUUUGUUAUACGUUAAUAAGAUAUACAACGCCGGUUACGGCCUCGAACGGAGGCGAGUGCCAGCGCAUAUGCCGCACUUGGUAGACAAGUGGAUCGUAAAUAGUAUGCAGGAGAAGUUUGAUCUUGAAUUUAAGAAAACGUCUAGUCACAAAGUGAGAGAUCGCGAGGAUAUGCAAUUUGCAUUUUCUUACUUCUACUUUUUAUCAAGCGAGAAACGGAGAGUGCCCGUCGGGGAGAUAUUCGACAUGUUUGACACUGACAAAUCACGCACUUGGUCGGACAGAGAAAUAAGGACGCUUUUAUCGAGAUUAUACCCGUUGCCACUCGAUUAUAAUCUAGUCAUGGAAUUUGAAAGUCAGAUAAUGAAUUGUUCGCGUCGGAUAAAUCUGCCGGAUAUCAUUGACGUUCCACCCGGAGAGAGGUAUCUGGACUCCACUCUCCCAGUGGUUUCGAAAGAAUUGAUAUUGAACUGCGAAUCAGUUUCUAGAAGGAUGCAAUUAAAAUUCGGCAAAGGUAGUCGCUAUCCGCAUGAAAUAAUAAAGGCUGGCAAGAAUGAAAUUUUCGAGAUGCUGACCAGCAAUGUUUCCUUAACAGUACAAUUGCUCGAUGAAAUUCGGAGAGAUCCGAAGAAGUUUAUCUGCUUGAACGAUGACAUCGACCCUAUUCGACGUUCCGAGAACGAGAUUGUUCGCGCCUUGUUAAACGAUUUUUAUCGUUCGCUGUAUCCGCUGCGAAGCACGUUUGAAUUACCGUCACAAUAUCGAAAUCGUUUUUCCCACCUACACGAACUUCUUGAAUGGCGAGCAAGUCGUGCGAAAGCUAGAAACCUACUAUUGUGCCUUCUGGCGUUGCUCUUUAUGUUUACAUUUUAUCACGUACUCUACCAUCACAUGCGCAGAUUGUGCAGAACUCGAGAAUUAUCUACGUUUCUAGCGUGAAGAAUUAAUAAUAAAGCCAAACUAUCAAUCCACGUACAGCUGCACGAUGGAACUAACAAUAUUAACUAUCGAUAUAAUACGCAAUGUUAAAUUUAUAAUUUAAAAACAUUCGUCGGAAGAUCUGUAAGAAUUUUUUGAUUCGACAUAUUCUAAAAUCAGAUAACGAUAUAUCUGUGAUACAAUAAACACUUUUUAUAAUCGCA